AUGCCAGGUACCGGGAUGAGGCAAUCUGCCUUCAAUGAUUACACCGAUGCGGGCUUCGGCAGCAGCCCCUUUGCGGACGUGCCGUCCAGGAGUGGAAUCUUCGCCCCAGAGCCGCCUGCGUCCCUACCGCGGGCGAGCGCCUUUGACGCAGGACUUGGCACGUCGGCCAUGUUGCCGACCGCCUCCACCUUUGCACCAACUGGUCCAGACGUUCGCGUUCCGGAGACAGCGCCGGCCCCUUCGCCAUUGAGGCUUGCCUCACAGGAUGAGUUCAGCACCAUGAGCUCUGAAAUAAAGCGGACGUUCACGCUUUGGGUGCAGAAGGCGGAAAAGCAGCUCCGAGAGGAUUACGCUUCGCUGCAGCGCGAGCGCCAAGCUUUCGAGGAGGAGAAGGCACGUGUCUGGCAGGAGUUCGUCGCACAGAAGCAGGCAGAGUAUGACCGCAUACGCGAUGACCGACGACGAGCCGAGUUGGAGGUCCAGAACUCCGCGAGACAAAUCCGUCAAGAGCGCGAGGAAUCUCGUGCACGCAUCAAAGGCGAACGCGACCAGAUCGAGAAGGACGUACAGCAGGGACGUCGGCGUUUCCUCUUGGAGCGCGAGAAGUUCCGCAUGGAGUACGAGGACUUGUGUUUUGCUGAGAGCUUCACUGAAGGUCCGAGCGCAGUGCAGAAUGCCCAGCAAAGCCCUGCUAAAGCUGGCCUGACACUGCAAGCGGAGGGCGCUGAGAAAGAGCGGCAGCGGGUGUCCGAGCACAAUGUCGCCACCGAGACCAUGGCGGGGAGGGGGUGGCAAGCUGCGACUUGA